GACGGCGGGAGGCGCGAAAUACUCACGAUUUCUCGUUUGUUUGCUUGUUUUUGGCCUGAGAUCUGGCUGAAGUAAGGUUAGGUUGUCCACCGGUGGAGCUGUGAUCGGAGAAAUGACCGAUCACUCCGAUCACUGAUCGGUGGUACCAAAUCCACCGGUCGUACUUCCACCGGUCGUGACGUCAGCACCGACGGAUCAAUUAACGAACACAGUUUGGUGAUCGGCGGUACCACCGAUCAAAAAAAGAAAACCCCUUAUAUAUCUUAUCUUUAUCAAGCUUGUUUUCAGGUUAUCAGUAUGACCGAAAUCAGGACUCUCGUGAAUUGUGCCUGAUUCAUCCACGAUCCACGUGUCUUUAGUGUUUUUCUCUAUUUUCUUUUCUACAGAAUUAUAUUAACCAACCGGUCCACACUGCGGUCUCUACAGCUACUACAGCAGAUUGAAUUCGGGAAGCAGCAUGCAGCCCAGCCAUGCCCAGCUCCGUUCUACCAAUUCCGUUCUAACCUCAUGCAUCAUAACAAUGUAACAACUGUCUCGGCCUUAACUCAGUAACAAACCUCAGUUUUGCCAGUCAAAAAUCUCAGCCUCAGAGUUGCUCCUUAAAAAUUCUGCUCCAUUUUAUUGACACGAUUGCACCAUGGGAGUUCCAGCAUUCUUUCGCUGGCUUAGCAGGAAGUAUCCAUCUGUCAUUGUGCAUUGUGUGGAGCAAAAAGGGGAAGAUGGGAAACCAGUUGAUAGCUCUGAACCCAAUCCAAACGAUAUUGAAUUCGACAACCUGUAUCUUGACAUGAAUGGAAUCAUCCAUCCUUGCACUCAUCCUGAAGAUAAACCAGCACCAAAAAACGAAGAUGAAAUGAUGGUUGCCAUUUUCGAAUGCAUCGAUCGCCUCUUUUCCAUUGUUCGUCCCCGAAAACUAUUAUACAUGGCCAUUGACGGUGUUGCACCUCGAGCAAAAAUGAACCAACAAAGAUCUCGGAGAUUCCGAGCAUCCAAAGAAACUGCUGAAAAAAUACAAGAAAUUGCCAAGAUCAGAUCAGAAUUAGCAUUAAAGGGGGUAUUUUUACCACCCGAGAAAGAAAAAGGUGAACAUUUUGAUAGCAACUGUAUUACUCCUGGUACACCUUUCAUGGCUCGCUUGUCAAAUUGCCUUCAUUAUUAUAUUCAUUCUCGCUUGAAUUCAGACCCAGGUUGGAAAAAGAUCAAAGUCAUUUUGUCAGAUGCAAAUGUACCAGGGGAAGGAGAACAUAAAAUAAUGGAUUACAUCCGCAGACAGAGAGCACAACCGGAUCAUGAUCCUAAUACUCAGCAUUGUCUAUGUGGAGCAGACGCCGAUCUCAUUAUGCUUGGUUUAGCCACUCAUGAACCUUACUUCACUAUCAUUAGGGAAGAGUUUCUCCCAAACAAGCCUAGACCAUGUGAAAUUUGUGGUCAAGUAGGUCAUGAAAUGAAAGAAUGUCAAGGUCUUCCCAAUGAGUCAGCUAUUGAAGAAAACAAAAUUCAGCUAGGAUCAGAGACGCAAUUUAUUUUUGUCCGUCUUAACAUCUUGAAGGAAUAUCUUCAGAAAGAGCUUGAAAUGCCUGGUCUGCCGUUUCCCUAUGAUUUUGAGCGAGCUGUUGAUGACUGGGUGUUCAUGUGUUUCUUUGUAGGUAAUGAUUUCCUACCUCAUCUCCCAUCCUUAGAGAUCAGAGAAGGAGCAAUAGACAGAUUAGUUAAUUUAUACAAGAAAGCUGUGUAUAAAACUGGUGGCUUUGUAACAGAUAGUGGUGCUGUCAAUUUAGAUAGGGUUCAACUUAUCCUAACUGAUCUUGGUUAUGUUGAAGAUGAGAUUUUUAAAAAUCGUCAACAAACAGAACUCCGAUUUCGAGAGCGAAAUAAGAUGACAAAAAGAAGAAAGAAGAUGCAAGAAAUGAGGAGUUUAAGUUAUGAAAAAGUCAAUCACUUUGAAAUGGUAGAAGUGUCAGAUGAAGAAGAACCCCCGGAUGAAGUUAAACUUUGGGAAGAAGGUUUCAAAGACAGAUACUAUGAAUCGAAAUUCGACGUUGACUCCAAGAAUGAUGCGUUCCGCAGGAAUGUUGCAGCAGAAUAUGUGAAAGGACUUUGUUGGGUUUUAAAGUACUACUAUCAAGGUUGCGCCUCAUGGGGUUGGUAUUUUCCUUACCACUAUGCACCUUUUGCAUCGGACUUUGUCGAUAUCAGAUCAGUAGACAUCAAUUUUCCGAAAGAUACAAAACCAUUCAAACCUUUAGAGCAACUCAUGGGUGUUUUUCCUGCCGCUAGUAGUUCACAUGUGCCUUCCCCAUGGGCAAAAUUAAUGAGUGAUCCUGACUCACCAAUAAUUGACUUCUAUCCCAUUGAUUUCAAAAUAGAUCUCAAUGGCAAAAAGUUUGCAUGGCAAGGAGUUGCUCUUCUACCUUUUGUUGAUGAAGGUCGACUGCAUAAAGCGCUUGAACCCUAUUAUGAUUCCUUAACCGUUGAAGAGAAAAUGAGAAAUGUUAGAGGUGAUGAUCGUCUGUAUGUAGGAGAGGCUAAUGCAGCGCACAGUUAUAUCAAAGGAUUGUAUGAAAAAAGCUCAAAUUUCAACACUGAAUCAGAUGUUUUAAAUGAAGGGAUGAGAGGCAAAGUCCUACUAUGUGACAUUAAUGUAAAACAAGGAGCCUCCCUGAUAUCUCCUGUCGCUGGAUUAGCUGUUGUCCGAAGAAAUUCAGUUUUUUGUGCAAGAUACCGAGACCCUAAGUACCCAGAUAGCUUUAUCUUCCCUGCCCGCAAGUUAACCGGUGCUGAAGAUCCUCCAAAGGUGCUGAAGCCAGAGAAUUUUGAUCGAUCAAUGAAUUGGAAACCACAGAUAGGCAUGGCACCAGCCAGACAACAAGCCUAUCUGGGCAGCGGAGGUCACAGAAUGAUGAACUUCCACGGGCCAAGGCCAUCUGGUCAAUACAGUGCGGUCCCUCCCCCGGCAGCUGCACAUGGAAGUGGUAAUUACCAGCGCAAGCGACCCUAUUCCAAUUGGAAUGAUGGUAAUUCAAGAAACUAUGAACAAAGACCAAAUUAUGGAAGAGGUAAUAACAGUUCAAGCUAUAGAGGGCAUCAAAACUACUACACGACUCCUCAAGGAGCUCAAAGCAGUAGCUCUUCCGAUCAUAGACCCAACUCAAAUUAUGGUAGGUCAUUCUCUGGCAACAGUCAUCAAAGAGGAUUUGGUGGGCCAUCAAACGAUUACCGCGGAAAUUAUGGAAAUAAUACUAGUUUUAAUCAAAAUCAGCGGUCCACCUCCAGUCACUACCCUGGUUCAAGUGAUCAUCAUACCCAAGGACGGAAUCAUAACCAAUCUUCUGGGUUCCAAUAUCGUCCUUACGAUCCCUCAAGUGGAGGGCCUCGACCACCAGGGCCCAAUGCUGGCAAAAGACCCCGCCAUUGGUAAUCAUCGAUUUCCUGUUUUACAGGGGCACAAGCUAGUCGGAUUCAAAGAGUCAACAGGCAGAAUUCUUAACUGAUUUCAUUGUGACUGGUUUUUAUUAAUUUUCCGUUAAGUUGAAAUGAAUGUCUCAUUCAGGGCAUUCCUAUCUGAGGAGGUCUCAGAAGGUGUCCUCAUGUUGCUGGCAGGCCAGUAUCUCUGAAAGAAUCCAAUGUAUUUUUCUUUUUCUGAUGGCACACAAUCCACAAAACUUGGCUGCAGCAUGGAACUAGGACAGCCAGUGAAAUCUGUUUCUGAUUCUGGUUUUCUUAAUAUCCUCUGAAAUUAGUUGAGCAUGAAAGUUGGACACUGUCUGAAGAGACUAUUAUCUUUAGUUUUUGAUGAACCUUACAUGUAUUUCCAUCCUGAUGGAAAGUUUUAUUAAGUACUCCAAUAUUUCAUGUUCCUUUCUUAAGACAUUCACCAGUGAAUUUAAGCCAAAA